CCAUACUCAAGCAGCUCAAAACCUAUCCAGCUACCAAGAAAUGGCUCUGCUUGCUUCAGCCCUGAUGAGUCGCAGUACCCAUCUAGGCCUUAGAAGCCACAUAGGACCCAAUGGCGACAAUUUGUCAUGGCGCCUACCUUCAACAGAGAAGAGUAAGAGAAGGUGUGACCUGAGCCUUAGAUCACAAGCAGAAAAGGAUGACAGCGAGCUUGGACAAGAACAUCUCAUGCCAUGGGAAAUCCCUAGGAGGCACUGGUUCCACCACGGAUUUGUCUUUGGUGCCGCCACUUCAGCGUACCAAAUUGAAGGUGCUUGGAAUGAGCAUGGCAAGGGGCCAAGCACUUGGGACCACUUCUGCCACAAGUAUCCUGAGAUGAUAGCUGGCUGGAGCACUGGCAUCAAUAUUUAUGUUAUCAACAUUUGUGACCGACAGGAGGAUGUCAAAAUGCUCAAGGAAAUGGGCAUGGAUGCCUAUAGGUUCUCCAUCUCCUGGCCAAGAAACUGCCAAGUAAGUGACAUAAAUUAUAAAGGCAUCAAUUACUACAAAAACCUGAUCAACAAGUUGAAAGAGAACGGCAUAGAGCCAUAUGUAACAAUUUUCCACUGGGACACUCCUCAAGCGCUGGAAGACAAGUAUGGCGGCUUCUUAAACCCAAGGAUUAUAAAAGAUUACACAGACUUUGCCAAGGUGUGCUUCGAUCAUUUUGGCGACAAGGUUAAGCAAUGGUUCACCUUUAAUGAGCCUCACAUAUUUUGUUCAUUUGCCUAUGGAACCGGGGAGUAUGCUCCAGGGAGGUGCUCACCAAAUCGCAAUUGUGCCAUCCCAUGUGGUGACUCGCUCAACGAGCCAUACCUUGUUGGCCACAACAUCCUCCUAGCUCAUGCUGAGGUUGUUGAUCUGUACAAGACGUAUUACAAGGGUGAAGACGGACACAUAGGGAUGGCGCUCGAUGUAAUGUUCUAUGAACCAUAUACAAAGACAUUCCUUGAUGAACAAGCCCAAGCAAGAUCCAUUGACUACAACCUAGGAUGGUUCAUGGAACCAGUGUUUCGUGGUGAUUACCCCUUCUCCAUGAGAUCACUAUUGAGGGAUCGACUACCGUACUUCAAAGAUGAAGAGAAAGCCAAAUUAGUGGGUUCCUAUGAUAUGAUGGGGCUCAACUACUACACAUCAAGGUUCUCCGAGCAUAUCGACAUUUCUCCAAGAUUCACACCAGUGCCAAAUACCGAAGAAGCCUAUGCUAGAGAGAAAAUGAGUGGGCAUGACGGGAAUCCUAUCGGUCUUGACACUGGAAUAGAUUGGAUUAAAUCACACCCGAAAGGCCUAAAGGACCUCCUUAUGAUCAUCAAGGAGAGAUACGGAAAUCCACCCAUCUACAUCACUGAGAAUGGGACCGCGGAUGUUGACAACGGCAAUCUAUCCAAGAGCGAUGCAUUGGAUGACUCCAUAAGGCUAGAUUAUCUUCAACGCCACAUCUCAGCCAUAAAAAAAUCAAUAGAUUUGGGUGCGGACGUGUGCGGCCACUUUACCUGGUCUCUGCUGGACAGCUUCGAGUGGGCUAGCGGCUACACCGCUCAUUUCGGACUCAUCUACGUCGACCGCAACGACGGCUUCAAGGGGUACAUGAAGAAGUCAGCCAAGUGGUUUAAAGAGUUUAACGGCGCUUCAAGGAGGGUCAUGAAUGACAAACAUGGUGACGUCCUUGAUCCAGCUUUGGUCAGCAAUAAUAACUGAGAUGCGGGUGGUGUGGUUGCGCACCAGGCAUGCACGAAGAAUGAAAUUGAUGUGAGCUUGGAAACCAACAAGUAAAAUAGAAGAAAAUAAUUCGGUGUCCCUUUUUGGAUGCCAAUGCAAAUGGACGAAGUGAUGUGUAUGAUAGAGGAAGGCUGGUGCUCAUGUUAAAGCACCACUUUUCUAUUUAAGUCUUUAUAUCA